AUGCAUAGUGCAAGUCAAAUGACAUGGCAUCAUACAAAUAAAACAUCUUCAGGCAUUAUGCGGCAUCCAUCUGACGGUGAGGCAUGGAAACAUUUUGAUAGGGUACAUUCUGAUUUUGCUGCAGAACCUAGAAAUGUCAGGCUCGGACUAUGCUCUGAUGGUUUUACUCCAUACGUCCAAGCAUCUGCAAUUGCAUAUUCCUGUUGGCCAGUUAUUGUAACCCCUUACAACCUCCCUCCAGAGAUGUGCAUGACAAAACCGUACAUGUUUUUGACUUGCCUCAUUCCAGGACCGUCAAGUCCUAAAUCCGGAAUCGAUGUUUAUUUGCAACCUUUAAUAGAUGAUUUGAAGAGGUUGUGGAUUGGAGAAUGGACCUAUGAUAUAUCUCGCAAACAAAACUUUACUUUGCGAGCUGCCUUGAUGUGGACUAUUAAUGACUUUCCCGCUUAUGGAAUGUUAUCUGGUUGGGGUACGCAUGGCAAAAUGGGAUGUCCACAUUGCAUGGAAUUUACAAAGGCUUUUACUUUGGAAUUUGGAGGGAAAAGUUCGUGGUUUGACUGUCACCGCAGAUUCCUACCACGAGACCAUGUAUUUAGAAGAAACAAGACUGAUUUCACAAAAGAUGUACGAGUAAAAGAUUUGCCUCAUCCGCGAUUUUCACCAGAGGAAAUAUGGAAUCGAGUUUCUGAACUGCCCAAAUUUACAGAUUACGGUGAAGCAUACAGAAUUGAAGGAUAUGGGGUCAAACACAAUUGA